UCUCCCCUCUAGGCACAGGGAACAGGCACUGUGGGGCUCACCCCUGCCCUGCUCCUUGGGGACAGAUUUCAUCCAAUCUCCAGCCCCACCCCACAGACCCCUAUGGCCCCCAACCCACUGCUGCCACCAGACAGUGUGACCCUACGGGGGCCCUCAGCCACCAUCCCCCAGCCUGGUAGCAGGGUUCCCAUGUCAUCCCGUGUCCCUGAGUUGCCCCAUGGGCUGCACAGCAGGUGGCCAGUGCCAUCGGGCCGCUUGGUGGUAGCCCUGCAGGGUCCCCUGGGUGAGCGGCAGCAGGCAGUGGGCAGCCACCCGCAGCCUGGAGCAGGGCAGGGACAGAGCAGUGGCCACUCAGUCACCUUCACACUAAGUGACCUGUCCCAGGCAGAGCCACCAAGCGGUGGUUGUCCUCUGCGUGGCACCCAGGUGACCACAGCCAUCCUUAAGGAGCAGAUGACACAGACCGAGCCCUGCACAGUGGCUGUGUCACCUCACAUGAUUGACAUGGGGACCCAACUGCCCCAAGAUCCCUGUGCCACCCACCCCACCGUCUGCACCCCAACCCCACCACCACCUCGCAGCCCCAUCACCAACCCCAAACCACCCCGCAGAGCUCUGCGGCCCCUUGUGUGCAAAUCCAUUUCCCAAUGCUCAGAGUACCAGGACCCCACGGAGCAGGGCUCCUUGUCCCCACAACCCCCUCCAGCCCAGCCCAGUAAGGACCAGAAUGAGCACCUGUGUGUGCUGCACAACAAGGCUGAGCAGGUGGCACACCAGCACCCAGCAGCUUCCCAGCCAUCACCUCCCACCAGGGGCAUGGGCACCCAGACUGGCACUGUAGCUGUGCACCCACACCCUGCUCCCAGGUCCCCAAAAGCCACCUGUGUCUGUUGUCCCCAGCACUGCCCUGCUGUCCCCUUGCCCUGGAAUGUGUCCACCAUCAGGGCUCUGUGCAAGCCUGGUCGCAGCUCAGCCUGGUGGCCCCUGCUGCACUCACGGCACACUGUCGCCCCAUGCCCUGUGUCCCCAGUGAUGGAGCCAAGCACUUCCAGGAGCGGCCCUGUGAAGGUGGAUGCCAAAGCAGAGGUCCUGACAGGCAGUGUUGGCUUCAGUGAGGAUGUGGCAGUGUGUGACAGAGCUCCUGCCACCGCCCUGCUGCAGGACAACAGCUCCAAGAACUUCGUCUGCGGGGCUGAUGGUGGGCACAAGGUGGACACAGAGCUGGCCACUGAAUUUAAUACCUUCUUCAUGGUCAUGACUGACAAGGGGAACGUUGAUUUCUUCUGGACCCUGAAAGAUGAGGAGCUGCUGCCGGCUGGGCCAGGCAGGACAGCGUGCUUGGGGUGCUGGGAGCCCUGGGGAUCACCACCCACCCUCCAUGUCACUGCUCCUUUUCCCGUGUCACCCCUGGACAAGAAAAACCAGAUCAAGCGCUUCCUGAAGGAGGACUCAGAAGAGGCUGAGCUCACCCAGUUCCUCAGGGACUGCCCUCCUACCGACAGCCCCCGCAAAGUGGAGCCCCUGGAGGGCCGUCGAGACCCCAGCCACCCCCUCUGUGGGAGGGCCCCCAGUGAGGAGCCUGCCAAUGAGCACGACGUGCGGUCCUUCUCUCAUCCCCGGCCCUUGGACAGCCAGCAGCUCAUCAUGGCCCCCCCACCACCCAGCCCCUCACGGCCACGCAGCCCCUGGGGACAGCUGGACCCCUACGACUCCUCUGAGGAUGACAAGGAGUAUGUGGGCUUCGCCACGCUUCCCAACCAGGUCCAUCGCAAGUCGGUGAAGAAGGGCUUUGACUUCACACUGAUGGUGGCAGGGGAAUCCGGGCUGGGCAAAUCCACCCUCGUCAACAGCCUCUUCCUGACAGACAUGUACAGGGACCGCAAGCUUCUCAACGCUGAAGAGCGCAUCACGCAGACGGUGGAGAUCACCAAGCAUGUGGUGGACAUCGAGGAGAAGGGCGUCAAGCUGCGCCUGACCAUCGUGGACACGCCGGGCUUUGGUGAUGCUGUCAACAACACCGAGUGCUGGAAGCCGGUGGCUGACUACAUUGACCAGCAGUUUGAGCAGUACUUCCGCGAUGAAAGCGGCCUCAAUCGCAAGAACAUCCAGGACAACCGCGUGCACUGCUGCAUCUAUUUCAUCUCGCCCUUUGGCCACGGCCUCCGGCCCCUGGAUGUGGAGUUCAUGCGGGCACUGCACCAGCGCGUGAACAUUGUGCCUGUACUGGCCAAGGCUGACACCUUGACACCCACCGAGGUGGAGCGGAUGAAGAAUAAGAUCCGGGAGGAGAUUGACCACUAUGGGAUCCGCAUCUAUCAGUUCCCUGAGUGCGACUCAGAUGAGGAUGAGGAGUUCAAGCUGCAGGACCAGGCGCUGAAGGAGAGCAUCCCCUUUGCUGUCAUCGGCAGCAACACGGUGGUGGAAGCCAAGGGACGACGCGUCCGUGGGCGGCUCUACCCUUGGGGCAUCGUGGAAGUGGAGAAUCUGUCUCACUGUGACUUUGUGAAGCUGCGCACCAUGCUGGUGAGGACCCACAUGCAGGACCUGAAGGAUGUGACGCGUGAGACGCACUAUGAGAACUACCGCACGCAGUGCAUCCAGAGCAUGACCCGCAUGGUGGUGAAGGAGAGGAACCGCAACAAGCUGACACGGGAGAGCGGGACAGAUUUCCCCAUCCCUGUCAUCCCUCCAGUGCCAGACUCGGAGACGGAGAAGCUCAUCCGGGAGAAGGAUGAAGAGCUGCGGCGGAUGCAGGAGAUGCUGCAGAAGAUCCAGAAGCAGAUGAAGGACUCCCACUAACCCCCUCCCUCUCUCUUCCCCCCCCGGCUGUGCCCCACGCGGAUCAGAAAUGUUUACAUCACGCUCCAUCCCAGCCAAGCUCUGAGACUCAGUACCAACAACACCUCUCACCUUAAGCUGCUGCAGUAUCGCCUUAUGGACUUGGGGACGGUGAGGGGAUGGGGUGCACCUCCCAGAUUCCCCCCAUGCACUGUCCCAGCCCCUCCUGCAUUCCCUGGGCUGGGUGCAGUGUUGUCCCCAUGGCUUUGGCUCCUUCUGUGUCCCUCCCACCCCGGGCAUCUUCAAGAGGCCACAACUGCCCUGCAGCCCAUGGUCUUGUCCCUGUGUCACCUGGGACUGCCUACUCAUGCUGUGAAGGAAGAGGGAAGGAGAAGACUGGUCCCAGCCUGACAAAUUGGGGUCUGUACCACUCGAGAUAGGGGUGGAAAGGAAAUCUGAGGACAGAGGGUCAGUGGCUGCUGGAGGCCCCUGCUCACCCUUGGCCAGGGUCUCCCAUGCCAGCAGAGGAGGUUCUGAAGCUCAGUGGUGUCCAGCCCUGUCACAUUCCCUGUUCCCAUGGAGCAUCAUCACAUGGGAGCAUCCCAUGCUGGUGCACAAGGAACCUUGUGGAAUCACCAUCUCCCCCAAACACCAUCCCUCCAACCCCAAAUCGCAGUGAGCAGAGACCCGCCCUCACCUUGUUGGCCCUACAAAGCAAUAAUCACUGUCCCCACCCUCAGAAAGAGCUUUGUCCCCCGAUGGUGUUUUGGCUGCUUGCUUGUCCUUCGUGACGCUGUGUCCCCCCAGAUGUCCCCAUCCAUGUUGCUUCCUGGCAGAGCACCCCAACUCCCUGCUUCCCUCAAGCAAAGGGGAAAGAAGAAAGGGGACACUGAGGCAGCGUGGUGGCCCUGAGGGCUGGAGGCAGAGCUGGGGGCAUGGGGAUGUGUCCCCUCCCCACCUGGGCCACCCUCUCUGGUGUCCCCUGGGUGGGUUUGAGCCUCAGCCCCACAGUCCCCAUGUCACAGUUCGGGUGGCUCAGGCUGGGUGGCAGUAGGGACAAUGCCAGCAGUGUCCCUGUGUCGGCCACAGCCCGAGGGGUCCCUGUGUCAGCUCACCCGUGAGCGGGGACCCGCAGGCUGGAUGGGCGCUUUCCUUUUUUAUCUCGCUAUUUUCUUACUGAAGAACCUACCUUUGCAUGAUGGCCAUAGAUGCAUUUAUUGAAAUAUACAAAGAGUAUAGGUUUAUAAAUUCGUAUAGAGCUAGUGGAAAUAUUUUUAACCCCUCCACGAAUGUUCUCAAUAAAUACAGCUGACCUGG